AUGUCUUUGCAAUCUCCAGAACCUUCGCCGCCCCUACUCAAAGAAACUCCGAGCCUUGCAUCACCAAACGACGCUGCCGUCGACAUGGAAGCCAACCUCGACCGCUCAGAGGCUGCUUCCCAGUCUAAUCUUGACCAUGAAUAUUCAAUCCCAUCAGCCGUCAAGUUCACAUGGCUAGGCACCUACUUUCUGCUGUCAUUGCUACUCACCAUCUAUAACAAAUUAGUCCUCGGCGUGUUCAAAUUUCCCUGGCUUUUGACCUUUCUUCACACCUCAAUCUCCGCUCUCGGUACCUACGGCAUGAUGCACAGGGGCUAUUUCAAACUCUCUCGACUGGGACGACGUGAGAACCUCGCCCUCGUCGCCUUUAGCGCCCUCUUUACUGUCAACAUUGCCUUGUCCAACCUAUCACUUGCCAUGGUUUCCGUUCCCUUUUACCAGACCAUGCGCAUGCUUUGCCCCAUCUUUACCCUUCUCAUUUUCCGUGCCUGGUACGGCCGUACCUACAGCACGCUCACCUACCUAUCCUUGGUUCCGUUGAUAGUUGGCGCCGCCAUGACCACGGCAGGCGAGAUGAAGUUUUCCGAUGCCGGUUUCCUGCUGACAAUUCUCGGUGUCAUUUUUGCCGCCCUCAAGACUAUUGUCACGAAUCGCUUCAUGACGGGGUCCCUCGCUCUUCCACCUGUCGAAUUUCUUUUUCGAAUGUCCCCCAUGGCUGCUUCGCAAGCACUCAUCUUUGCGUUUGCGACUGGAGAGGUAGAUGGCUUCCGUCAGGCCCUAGCCAACUCGGAAAUGUCGGGCUUUGCCACCUUUGCGUCUCUGCUAGGCAAUGGUUGCCUCGCUUUUCUGCUCAACAUUUCGUCUUUCAAUACCAAUAAGCUCGCCGGCGCAUUGACAAUGACUGUCUGCGGUAACCUCAAGCAGUGCUUGACCGUUCUUCUCGGCAUCUUCAUUUUCAAUGUUGACGUUGACCUGCUCAAGGGCACCGGUAUGGCUAUUACAAUGCUCGGCGCCGCUAUAUACAGCAAAGCAGAACUCGACAACAAGAAACGACAGCAGACUGGCUACAAACAGAUUCCCCAAUAA